AAAAGCAAAGAAAAAUUUAACAAGUAAUGUUUCAGUUGAUAACCAAUCAAGAAAACCCAGAGUCACUAUGGACCAAUGGGAAGCCAGAAUCCAUUCCGCAACUUACCGCACUUGAUGUUGUAUGUGGAAAACAACACAUGUCAGUUCAUCUGGAAUUCAGUGCGCCUUUCUAUGGUCAUGUGUUUUCUAAAGGUUAUUAUGAGCAUAACAACUGUGUGUAUGUGAAACCUCAUUCCCGUUUAAUAUAUGUAGACUUUAAUAUAUACUAUAACACUUGUGGAACUAAGCCUAACUUGAACGGAAAAUUUUACGAAAACACCAUCAUCAUUCAGUACGGAAUGGAUAUCAUAGAAGCAUGGGAUGAAGCCAAAACAUUACGAUGCCAAUGGUAUGACGCAUACGAAAAGGAUUCAAAAAAGAAGUUACUAAAAAUUUCUGAAUUGGAUAUUGUUGAAUUGAACUUUCAAGGGGAUAAUGUUGACUGUUGGAUGGAAAUUCAGGAAGGAAAAGGUCCAUGGUCCAAUCAAGUUUCUGGUAUUAUACCAGUUGGUAAUCCACUGACUAUGGUUAUUGCUAUCAAUGACUACGGGGGUCAAUUUGAUAUGCGGGUUAAAUCUUGCUACGCACAUGAUACCAUCAAACCACUUGUUGCCUUAACAGAUGAGUACGGGUGUGUCCUAAGACCUAAAAUUUUAACGCCAUUUCAUAAAGUUCGUGAUUAUAAUGGUCGCGCAACAGUAAUUUCAUAUUCUCAUUUCUAUGCAUUUAAGUUUCCCGAUACAUUAGCUGUAUAUAUUGAGUGCUCAGUAGAAAUAUGUCGACAUGGAUGCCCUGACAGUUGUCAUAAAAUACCCCAUCUUCCACUGUUUCUCACAAGCACACAGAUAAACAACAUGCUGCUAGCCUUCACAAUGAGGAAUAUUUUACAACACAACAGAACCUGGAUGACAGCUUUGUAAGAUACCUUCUAAAUUCAUCUUAUUUAGUACCCAGAGAUUUCCAAACCUUACUCAAAUAUUCAAAUCCUGAAACUUAUCCUAUUAACCAUGUACCCUCAAAAUCAUAUUUGGAGGAACAACUUUUACUCCAAAAGCUAAAUAAUGAAAGCAGCAAUUUGCCCAGAAAACCGAGUCAUGCACAUCUCCAUUUAGGACAAAAACUGAAUUAUGAAGAACAACAGAAAUUCAAGCAUCACGAUAAUGAAAAUUACACUGUACAGCAGAAGCCAAUAGCCAAGAUACCCUAUAAAACCCAAGACCAAAACCCUGAACAGUAUCUUCCACACCAAAACCCAAAACGCGAGGAAAGCUAUGGUGAAGAAUAUUCUGAACAUCUGAGUAAUCCAGACGUUGAAGGUAGCGAUCAUAGAUCUAUACAAAAAACAGUGCCAUAUUCUGGUCAUCAUUCUCCGUCUUUAACACAGCAGGAUCGUCCAGGAUACUAUGGGAGAGAGAAAGAAAUUCCCACCCAGCAUGACUCUAGACCAAAUCCACAUUACAUUCAACCCUUUAACGACAACGUUAGAGAAAGUUCACAAAACAAACCACAUGCUCAAUCUUCUAUCUAUAAUCGUCAAAAAAUUCCAGUGAGCCAUCCACCUUAUCCUCAUACACUUCUCCAGUUUCAAUAUCCCAGACAACAUGCUUAUAAUGGAAUGAUGAUGGGUCAGAUCGCUGAUCAAUCUGAUGCUAUUGAUUCCACUGAACAUUCUGGUCAAGGUCCUUUAUUGACCAACACUCAUGAACAGCAGUUUUCUCAUGGGCCCCGUUCGCUUCGUACUAGACGUGAAGCAACAGAUGGAGAAGUUAUUGGAGUUGAGCAGACUUAUCGUGCUCUGGCGUCGGUAGACUUAGUGUUUGAUCCACAUACAACUAGAGAUAGCGUAUUUUCAGGAAGACGCGAGGAGGUUGUCUAUGGGGUGUGCUUACCACUGGUUGGCUUCGUAGCUGGAUUAAGCGUACUUUUAUUGUUAACAAUCUGUUCGUUAUGUAUCACGGGUUACCUCGGGUAUCGCUGGCGUCUCCAUGUGUUGGAAAAUAAUACUAAAACAAGUAUUAAAUCGAAAAUAGUCAAAGGAAGAUUCUUUUAUUAUCAUAGGGACCGUAAAGCCAAAUUUUAAAACGUGACACAAAAUUAUACAGCGAUAGAAAAAAUAAUUUCACCGUAAUUUGAUUGAUAUAAAAAGCUGUGAAAUGCUAGAAGCUAAGUUUAUUUAUCUUAUUGAAUUGUUUGAUAGAAAUGCAUAUUAAUGCUGUAGCGGUGUUGCCAAAAUAACUAAUCUCGACUCCAAGUGCUUCUUUAGACCAAAGGAAAAAAGAGAGAAAUACAAUAUUACAAGUUUAGAAAUAAGACUGGAACAGAUUCGUUGCUUAUAUCGUGUCAAAAUAAGAAAGAAAGAGUAAAUAGUCGUAGCAGUAUGUGUGCUCUUUGGGUUUUAAAUCCUCAGGUAACUAAUGGCAAUACAUAAUGGUUCCACUAUGUAAAACACUUGAAUUUUGAACUUCUUUUAUUACAUAAAACUAUUCACAAGACCAUUUAUUUUAGCCACUAACUUAGCUACGUUGGCAAUAAAAACAACCACUUAAAUUUCGUCUUGUGACACUAUAGUGUAAGUUUAAGGUUUUAUAUCGCUAAAAUUUGGAGUUCGAUCCCAAUGUGUGGUAAAACGAAAAACAACUUUCA